GUUCCCGGCCCCGCUGCUGCGAUGCCGCCUCCCCCCGCCGGGACCCCGGCCCGCACCGCGCGGGUCUCCCGCUGCCUCAGCUUCAGCGCCUGCCACCGGCUGCACAGUAAGUCACUGAGUGAUGAAGAAAACCUGAAACUCUUUGGGAAAUGCAACAAUCCAAACGGACAUGGACACAACUAUAAAGUUGUAGUGACUGUGCGUGGAGAGAUUGAUCCUACAUCAGGAAUGGUUAUAAACCUGACGGACCUGAAAGAAUAUAUGCAGGAAGCCAUCCUGGAGCCACUUGACCACAAGAACCUGGAUAAAGACGUGGCUUACUUUGCUGAUGUUGUCAGUACGACUGAGAAUGUGGCAGUGUACAUCUGGGAAAACCUCCAGAAGCGCCUGCCUGCGGGAACUCUUUAUAAAGUCAAAGUGUAUGAAACGGACCAGAACAUCGUUGUGUACAAGGGGGAAGAGAUGACUCUUGAGAAAUGA